AUGGCGUCUGUGUCGGAGCCCAUUACCUUCAGAGAGUUCUGCCCGCUGUACUAUCUGCUGAAUGCCAUCCCCACGAAGAUCCAGAAGGGCUUCCGCUCGCUGGUGGUCUAUCUCACGGCCCUCGACACCAACGGGGACUACAUCGCAGUGGGCAGCAGCAUCGGCAUGCUCUACCUGUACUGCCGGCAGCACGGCCAGAUGAGGAAGUACAACUUCGAGGGGAAAACCGAGUCCAUCACGGUGGUGAAGCUGCUGAGCUGCUUCGAUGACCUGGUGGCUGCAGGCACAGCCUCUGGGAGGGUUGCAGUUUUUCAGCUUGUAUCCUCGUUGCCAGGGAGAAAUAAACAGCUUCGGAGGUUUGACGUCACUGGCAUUCACAAAAAUAGCAUAACAGCUCUGGCUUGGAGCCCCAAUGGGAUGAAACUGUUCUCUGGAGAUGAUAAAGGGAAAAUCGUCUAUUCUUCUCUGGAUCUAGAUCAGGGCGCCUGCCGCUCGCACCUGGUGCUGGAGGAGCCGGCCUCCAUCGUGCAGCUGGAUUACAGCCAGAAGGUGCUGCUGGUCUCCACGCUGCAGCGCAGCCUGCUGUUCCACACCGAGGAGCGCUCCGUGCGGCAGGUCGGGGCGCAGCCGCGGAAAAGCACUGGGAAAUUUGGUGCCUGCUUUAUACCAGGACUCUGUAAGCAAAGCGAUCUAACUUUGUACGCAUCCCGGCCUGGGCUCCGGCUGUGGAAGGCUGACAUCCACGGGACUGUCCAGGCCACGUUUAUCUUAAAAGACGUCUUCGCCGGAGGAGUCAAGCCUUUCGAGCUUUAUCCACGCCUGGACUCUGCCGCGCGGGGAGGGUGCAGCUCACCUGAGAAGCACUUGGGGCUCGUGUCGUGUUUCUUCCAAGAAGGUUGGGUGUUGAGUUGGAAUGAAUACAGUAUUUACCUUCUGGACACUGUCAACCAGGCCACCAUUGCUGGUUUGGAAGGAUCAGGUGAUAUUGUGUCUGUUUCCUGCACAGAAAAUGAAAUAUUUUUCUUAAAGGGAGACAGAAACAUUAUACGAAUUUCAAGCAGGCCUGAAGGACUAGCAUCAAUAGCUUCUUUACCGGUGCGGGACGGUCUGGAGACAUCGGUGUGCUCAGAGCAAGUCCAUGGGCCGCGUGCAGAGAAGCUGCCGGCGGCCAUGCCUUCCGAGACGAGGCUCCGGGGCGCUUCGGUGGCCAGCUCCGUGGCCAGCGAACCCAGGAGCAGGAGCAGCUCGCUCAACUCCACGGACAGUGGCUCCGGGCCUCAGGCAGCCCCCGAGCUGGGCAGGGGCGGCCCGCUCACCUCGAACAGGUUCAGCGUGAUCAGCUCGGAGGACUUCGACCAGGAGCUCGUGGUGAAGCCUCUCAGGGUGAAAAAGAAGAAGAGGACGAAGAAGACAGAAGGCGGGAGCAGCACCGCGGGCCCCAGCUCCCUUGAGUCGACCCCCGGCUGUGAGUUUCCUGGGGACAGCCCCCAGUCCGUGAGCAUGGACCUGCCAUCCAUGGCCUCCAGCUUGGGCAGCAUCAUGGACCGGUCCAGCACAGGGUCUCCUGACCAGGAGAGCAGUCUCAGCAGGGAGGCCGCUGGUGUGCUGCCAGAGUUUAGCGACUCCGAGGCAUUCAGUGUCCUGGAGGUGCCCCUGCCUGCCCCUGACCUGCUGAACCGAGGCAGUGACGGGAGAGCUGAAAUCCCCUUGGGCGACGGCGAGGGCGGGACAGAGCCGCCCGCUGGGGCGGUGAGCUCCUCCUGGUGCCUGCCGGAGCACAUGGAGAACUCUGAGGACGUCGUGGAGCUGGAGGAGGAGCCUCAUCCUGCAGAUGGUGGGCCGGGUGGUGCGGCGGAGGCCCGAGGGGAGGGGGCCGUGCAGCCUGAUGGCCUCCCGGGCGCUUUCUCAGAACCCUGCAUCCUGGACUCGGCACCGGUGCCUUCCCACCUCAGCUGGGCCCCCAGUGCAGAGCAGCAGCUUCCGGGGGCCACGGCUGACGAAGGCAGAGCUGAGGAACCUCCUGAAGAGCAGGGCUUCCUGACGCACGUGGGAGCCCCCCACCACCUCAGCCUGAGUCCCCAGCACGCUGCUCCUGACGCUGACACGGGCCAGACGGCGGUUGUCACUUCCGAACAUGACCUGGGCGGGGGAGGCCAACCGCCUCCCUGGGCCUCGGCCUCAGCAGCCGGUGCCCAGGAGCAGCCCCCCCGGGACCAGGUGCUGACCUCCAGCGACGAGGAGGACAUCUAUGGCCACGGGCUGCCCUCUUCAUCCUCGGAGACGAGUGUGACGGAGCUGGGAGGGGACCGCUCCCUGCAGGACCUGAGGCAGCUGGGCGCAGACGACCCUGGGCUGCUCAAGGCCGACCAGUUUGCAGAAAGCUGGAUGGGCUACUCCGGGCCCGGCCACGGCAUCCUCAGCUUGGCGGUCUCUGAGAAGUACCUCUGGUGCCUGGACUACAAAGGCGGCCUGUUCUGCAGCGCGUUGCCAGGCGCUGGGCUGCGCUGGCAGAAGUUCGAAGAUGCCGUCCAGCAGGUGGCAGUCUCGCCCUCAGGCGCCCUUCUUUGGAAGAUUGAACAGAAGUCUAACCGAGCCUUUGCGUGUGGAAAAGUGACCAUCAAGGGGAAACGCCACUGGUACGAAGCUCUGCCCCAGGCGGUGUUUGUGGCCCUGAGCGAUGACACGGCCUGGAUCAUCAGGACCAACGGGGACCUGUACCUGCAGACAGGUCUCAGCGUGGAUCGCCCCUGCGCCAGAGCCAUGAAAGUCGACUGUCCAUUCCCGCUGUCCCAGGUCACUGCCCGCAACAGUGUGGUGUGGGCGCUGACGGAGCAGCGAGCCCUCCUGUACCGGGAGGGGGUGAGCAGCUUCUGCCCCGAGGGGGAGCAGUGGAAGUGUGACAUUGUCAGUGAGAGGCAGGCUUUGGAGCCCGUCUGUAUAACUCUCGGGGACCAGCAGAGCCUGUGGGCCCUGGACAUCCGAGGAAACCUGUGGUUCCGGACUGGCAUCGUUUCCAAGAAACCCCAAGGAGAUGACGACCACUGGUGGCAAGUGAGCAUCACGGACUACGUGGUGUUCGACCAGUGCAGCCUGUUCCAGACCAUCAUCCACGCCACGCACUCGGUGGCCACAGCGGCCCAGGUGCCCGUGGAGAAGGUGGCGGACAGACUUCGCACAGCGUUCUGGUCACAGCAGCUGCAGUGCCAGCCGAGCCUGCUGGGCGUCAACAACAGCGGCGUCUGGAUCUCCUCGGGCAAGAACGAAUUCCACGUCGCUCGAGGGAAUCUCAUCGGCACUUACUGGAAUCAUGUUGUUCCCCGGGGGACUGCCUCUGCCACAAAGUGGGCCUUCGUGUUGGCGUCCACUGCCCCCACCAAGGAAGGAAGCUCUCUGUGGCUGUGCCAGAGCAGCAAGGACCUGUGUCGUGUGAGCGCCCAGCACGCCCAGUCCCGCCCGUCCACCGUGCAGCUGCCCCCCGACGCCGAGAUGAGGGCCUAUGCUGCCUGCCAGGAUGCCCUGUGGGCGCUGGACAGCCUCGGCCAGGUGUUCAUCCGGACGCUGUCCGCCAGCUGCCCCACGGGCAUGCACUGGGCCCGGCUGGACCUCUCCCAGCUAGGAGCUGUGAAACUGACGAGCCUGGCCUGUGGAAACCAGCAUGUCUGGGCCUGCGACUCCAGGGGUGGUGUUUACUUCCGCGUUGGCACCCAGCCGCUGAACCCCAGUCUGAUGCUUCCGGCCUGGAUAGCGAUUGAGCCGCCUGUCCAGCCCGCUGGGGUCACCUUGGUCAGCGUCCACUGCGGCCCCGACGACCAGACGCUGUGGGCCCUGGACAGCAGGUGGAACGUGCAUGUCCGAGCUGGGAUCACCGAGGAGAUGCCAGUGGGGACCGACUGGGAGCACGUGCCAGGGCUGCAGGCCUGCCAGCUGGCCCUGAGCGCCAGGACCGUGUGGGCCCGCUGUCCCAACGGGGACCUCGCCCGACGGUACGGCGUCAGCGACAAGAACCCUGCUGGGGACUACUGGAAGAAGAUCCCGGGGAACGUGAUGUGUGUCACAGUGACCUCGUCGGACGAGCUGUGGGCAGUGGGCCCGCCCGGCUACCUCCUCCAGCGGCUGACAAGGACAUUCAGCCACUCGCACGGCGCCCAGGGCGGCCACGCCGCCACCCCCCACCCCGAGGACCUGGAGGAUGAGUGGGAGGUCAUCUGA